GCUUCGGUUCUGCUCGCGGCGUUGCGGAUGCUUGUGGGGUGGUCCCCGUGCCAUGGGCGGCCUCGGGAGCGUGAGGCUGGGCCGAGCAGGGUGCUGGGCUGAGUAGGGUGCUGAGCACCCUCCACUGCAGAGGGGAGAUGAGGGGACUGGAGAGCGUUCAUCCCCUGUCCUGGCAGGGUGGUCUCUGGCCACCCUUGCGGCAGCACCGGCGCUGCUGCUGCAGCUCAGGAAAAGCGGCUGCGGGGCUCUGCCGAGAGCGGUGCUCGGAGCCGUGCCGGGUCCGCCCCUGCGCCGCUUGCGCGGCUCCCCGUGAGGAGCCAGGCGCAGAGCCGCAGUGCGGGACAGGCUGGACGCGGCAGGGACGAUGCUCCAGCGCUGAGCGUGGCCGUGUGCUAUGGGGCGUCCUGGGAGCUACCCUCGCUCGCCUGCUGCUGCCGGCGCUGCUGCUGCUCGGCCUCCCGGUGCUCUGUUUCGCAGGGCUGGGAGAGCUGGGUCCCACCAUCGACGGGCAGCGGCUGGCAGUGUGUACGCUGCGGGAGGGGGAGAGCAGCGUUUUCACCUGCCGGGCCCCCAGGCCGGCCUCUGGUGCCGUGCUGGAGUGGUACCUCGACGGCCGGAAGCAGGCGGCGAACUGCCUGGCCACGGGCACUGCCAGCACCCUCACCCUCAUUGCCCGCCGCACUGACCGCGAGCUGAACUGCUCCCUGACGGACCUGGCCUCCGGUGAGACCUACAACGCCUCCGUCCUCCUCGACGUGCAGUGUAAGGUCCACAGCACUGGCCCUGCUCUGGCCAGAGACAAGCCGGAGAUCCUGCGGGCAGACGUCCGCUACCAGAAGGUGGAGGGCGCUGGGCUGCUCCUAGUGCUCUUCGUGCUAGUGCAAGCCAACCCCCCUGCCAGCGUCAUUUGGGUGGACCAGGAUGGGCACGUGAUGGCCAACGCCUCCGAAUUCCUCCUCCUGAGCGCCACACACUACCCACGUCUGGCCAACCACUCGCUUCUCGUCCACCUGGGCAGCACAGCUGGCAACUUCUCUGUCAGUGCUGCCAACAGCGUGGGCAUUGCCACAGCCUCCCUCUUGCCCCCAGGCAGGCAUGUUGCCUGUACAGGUCUGCUGGACACUCGCGUGGAACUACCCCUCCUGGGCGUUGCUGUCGGAGCAGCUGUGGCCCUGGGUGCCCUGCUCAGCCUGGGCUCCUGUGCUGCCUGCCUUGCAUACCGCCGGGCCAAGCCAGUGCCAAGUAAGGGAGGCACAGAGGGGAGCAGCCCACUCAGGCAGUGCUCCUGCUCCGGUGGCUCUGGGCACCUGCCACCCCUGGGCUCACACCUGCCCCGCCAGACCCAGUCACUGCCACCCCACCUGCGCUUCAGUGACUUCACACAGGAGCCCAGAGCUUGCCCUGAAGACACAGGAGCUAGUGCCAGGGGAGAGGAGAGCACUGUACUGGGGCUGCAGAACCCUCUGGUCCUCAGCAAGCUUGGUUUUAUCCAGGUCCCGGUGUCUGGCCGCAUCUACAAAGUGCCCAGCACCAGCAGUGAUGAAAUCUGGCUGUGAGAUCUAACCGUGAGCCAGCCAGCUGCAACCAAAACGUAUCAAAGCUGUCUAUAGCCAGGUUCUGCCAAGCUGCCAGCACUCUGACUCCUCCUGGCCCGGGACAGGGCCAAGCACCAACCUUGCAUCCUGUGUGAUCCUCUCUGCCUGUGACAGAGCUGCAGCAGAUGGGUGAGCAGCCACCAUGGUGAGCUUGGAGACAGCCAAUGCAACAGCAAUAAAGUUGAGCAUCAGCA